UGUUUCCCGUGCAGUGGAACAAAUGGGUUCAGAUAUUGAGAUUAUAGGGGAAAGAUUGGAGUCUUUCCUUGGUCAACUUCAAACUGAAUAUGGCAUUCUAGAUAGAAUUGUAUAUAAAAACAAAAAUCAGCACCGGCGAAGCUCAUAUUUUCAGCACCUUCUAAAGGUGAGGAGAGAUUUGAGGCUACUACAGUCAACUAAAUUAGAGGAGCUUUUAGCCUCUUCCUUUCAAGUUAUCAAAGGAACAAGACCAAAACAAAAGGUGCAGCUUUUGGAAAGGGUCUCAGAAGGAACAGCAAUGAAGAGGAGGAAAUGCGAUGGCCAAAAAUUUAACUUUUUGGAGCGGAUUUUGGGGGCUGCACGUCUGUUGUCACAGAAAUUGCUCAAAAUUGGUAGUGGCAAAAGCAGAGAGAGGAAAGGGGAGGAAAAAUGGAUACCCCAGGAACCUCAGGAGAGUAACACAUCCAUGAGAGAAGUAUCUACUUUGCUUGCUCAAUCAUUCUUUAUGGGUUUCUCCCUGACAGUUCUGGCUUUGCUUGCACGCAUGAGAGUUUUGGUUCAACAAAUAUUGCUUGAUGUCGUGGAAAUGUUCAACACGGUUUCCUCUCUAUCUCAAAAGGAGCAUUCUGUGAAAAUUACUCAUGAAGGUUUUGAGGCAUUUCUUUGCAAGGUCUUCCGAGAAUAUUAUCCAACAAAUGAGCAAUCUGUGUUGUUGGAAUGUGUGUGGGAAACAGAUAAGUUUGUGUUACAUGAGAGGAUCAGUAAGAGCCAGACCAAGAGCUGCGACAAGUUUAUGGAUGCAAUUUCUCUUGGAGCAUCCAAAAUUCAGUAUCAAAGUGUUGAGUCUUUUCUGGGGGAUGAUGAAACUGGCAAGGUGGAUCCUAGCAAAACUUCUGAAGGCCUCACCUACAGCAAGGUUAAUAAUGAUGGUUCAUUGGAGGGUCCUGUCAUCGAGAGUGAAGGUGAGAAUCAGGUCAAGAGUAUUCUAAAAGCAGGUGAUAAUUCGGAUGUUGCUGCAACUCCUAUAAAGAAGCCUUGUGAAACUGGUUCUAGUUCAUUUCCAAGUUCAAGUUCACCAAAAUUCAUGUCAGGAUCAAGGAGCAAAGUGGCUUUUCUGUCGGUAAAGGUGCCCACAACCUCAACAGCAAAUUUAACUGGGCCUUGCAUUAUGGGAACUGGUGGCCAGGAUAAUGAAAAAGAAGAUCCAUUCUUUGAUUUACUUACAGGUGGAAAUAGGAAGAAUAGUCUAUUC